UCUAGUCGUCAAGCAGUCAAGGCCAUCAUCAACCCGCGAAAGAACGAGAAUGGCGAAGACAUGAUGAUAGAUAUUCUGCCUCGCGCUGUCAAUCGUCUACACGCCAUCUCCACGAAGGAGAACAACCCAUCCCUCUGCCUGCGUGUCGCAGUAGAGUCGGGCGGCUGCCACGGCUUCCAAUACCUCAUGUCGACAACAACUCUGGAAGAGAUAUCACAAGAAGAGGAUACAGUGUUUGAGUCGGAAGAUGGCAAGGGAGCCAGAGUGGUCAUCGAUGAGCCCAGUCUCGAGCUUCUCAGCGGCAGCAAGAUUGACUACACGAUGGAAUUGAUCGGCAGUCAAUUCAAGGUGACGGGUAUCCCAGGAGCUACGAGCAGUUGUGGUUGUGGAUCCAGUUUCGAUAUCCAA